CCAAUGCCGUGUCUCCUAAGUUAUAUCAUUACAAUGUUCGAUUAAAUGGUAACUUUGGCAUCGUCAUGAGCUUGAAAAUAAUGGAGUUCCUUUCUUUUAUGGUUACCCUUGUUGUUUUGAGACUUUCUCUAUGUAGAACAACGUUAGCUGUGCUUGCUACCAUUAGACCUUCAGAAUUUAUGAGAGAUAGCACAACUUUGGUAUCUAGAGAAGGACUUUUUGAACUGGGAUUCUUUUCUCGAGGCAGUUCAAAGAAUCAUUAUCUGGGAAUUUGGUAUAAGAACAUCUCAGUUCAAACUGUUGUUUGGGUGGCAAACAGGUGUGAACCGAUCAGCGAUUCAUCUGGCUCAUUGACUAUAGACGACACAGGAAAUCUUGUGCUUUAUGGACAGAAUAAGAGGGUCGUUUGGUCUACGAAAUCAACGAAACAAGCCCGGGAACCACUGGUUCAGCUCUUGGAUAAUGGUAACUUGGUUUUGAGAGAUGAGAAAGAUGAAAAUACAGAGAACUAUUUGUGGGAAAGUUUUGAUUAUCCUACUGAUACGAACCUGCCCGGAAUGAAAUUUGGAUGGGACUUGAGGAGAGGUCUCAAUAGGCGUUUAUCAGCAUGGAAGAGUUGGGAUGACCCCUGUGAUGGAGAUUUGACUCAUGGGAUGGAGCUUGAUGAACGACACCACACAUACCCUCAACUAAUUAUGCGUAAAGGGUCUGCAAAAUUUUAUCGAGCUGGGUCAUGGAAUGGCAUAAGUUUCGGCGAAAAUCCUGAUACGGGGAGGGCAAACGCACUUUUCGAGUACGGGUUUGUGUACAACGAUGAUGAAGUUUACUAUGUUUACGAGCUCAAAGGUAAGUCAGUGAUCUCAAAACUGGUCAAGAACGAAAAGUCAGUGAUCUCAAGAGUGGUCAUGAACCAAACAAGAAGUGUUUUACAGCUCUUGGUAUGGAUAGAAUCAAAGAAAAUUUGGGAGACCAAUAGCUCAGUUCCAAAAGAUGAGUGUGAUGUUUAUGGCAUAUGUGGAGCUAAUUCAGUAUGUGUCACAACAAAUAAUCCAGUUUGCCAAUGUCUAAAACGUUUUAAGCCUCACAAUCAAGAAAAUUGGAAGGAGAUGUCCUGGUCAGAAGGGUGUGUGAGGAACAAUCCUUUGAGCUGCCAUGAUAAGGAGAAAGAUGGGUUCAUUAGAUUUUCUAACUUGAAAGUGCCUGAUACUGAAUAUACUUGGGUGAAUAAGAGUAUGGAUCUAGAGGAAUGCAGGGUUAAAUGCUUGAGCAAUUGCUCUUGUAUGGCUUAUACAAACUUAGAUAUCAGGGAAAAAGGCAGUGGCUGCGUGCUCUGGUUUGGAGAUCUUUUUGACAUAAGAGAAUAUCAGUUGGGAGGACAAGAUCUAUAUAUUCGAAUGUCGGCUUCUGAAAUAGUUAAUCAUGAAAAAGCAAGAACUGAUCGUAAGGUCAAGAUGGAGAGAGCAUUGAUAAUUACAGCUAUCAUCGUCGGAUUAGUUGGUGGCAUGUUUCUAGUUGGCUUUUACAUUCGCAGGAGGAGAUACUCUUAUGAGACAAACGAAAGCCAAAAUGAUGACUUGGAGCUUCCAUUAUUUGACCUACAUACAAUAGAUACUGCUACUAAUUAUUUUUUAGAGAAUAAUAAACUUGGAGAGGGUGGUUUUGGACCUGUGUACAAAGGUACGCUGGAAGGAGGCCAAGAAAUUGCUGUGAAGAGGCUAUCAAUGUCUUCUGGACAAGGAGUCGAUGAGUUCAAAAAUGAAAUUAAGUUAAUUGCUAAGCUUCAACAUCGAAAUCUUGUAAAGAUAUUUGGUUAUUGCAUUGAUAGGGAAAUGAAACUAUUGAUUUAUGAGUACAUGUCCAACAAAAGCCUUGACUAUUUCAUUUUUGAUGAAAGGAAGCGCAAUUUAUUAGAAUGGCCUACGCGCUUCCAGAUUAUAUGUGGAAUUGCUAAGGGGCUUCUCUAUCUUCAUCAUGAUUCUAGAUUGAGAAUUAUACAUCGAGAUCUCAAAGCUAGUAAUAUUUUACUUGAUGAGGACAUGAAUCCCAAAAUUUCCGACUUUGGCUUGGCUAGAUCUUUUGGUGGAGACCAAAUAGAAGGAAACACAAACAAAAUAGUUGGAACUUAUGGUUAUUUGGCUCCAGAAUAUGCUUCCAAUGGCUUAUUCUCAACAAAAUCUGACGUAUUUAGUUUUGGCACAUUGAUGCUUGAAAUCGUAAGUGGAAAGAAAAGUAGAGGCCUAUACGAUGAAGAUAGCAUUCUUAACCUCACUGGAUUGGCAUGGACUUUGAUGAAAGAACGCAACACAUUUAUGUUUAUUGAUAAGUGCUUGUUAAGAGAUCCAAACGACAACAUGGAAGAAGCAUUGCGUUGCAUCCACAUUGGUCUCUUGUGUGUGCAACAAAAACCUAUUGAUAGGCCUAAUAUGUCUUCUGUUAUUCUAAUGUUGAGCGGUGAGAAAGUGUUGCCUCAACCCAAACCACCAGCCUAUUUCACCAACACAGAUUUGUGGGAGGGAUAUCAUUCCCCCUUUUCUAAGACACCAUCAUGCAAUACAAGCAUAACAGCUGUCGAGGCGCGAUGAUAAUUCAUACAACAAAUCGGAGUUUAUCAUGUAAAUUUUUAGAAUUUGAAUUAUUACAAUUUCUAUUUAUUUCGUUCAAAAAUGCAAUGAUGAUUGGUAUUAGUAAUCUACAUGUAGUAUAUAUGAAUCUAUGCCAGAAAAGAAUGUGCUAUUCAUGACAAUAAAAGUGAUUCUUGAAUCUUUUCUUGAUUAUAAUAAGCCAUUAUUAGACUUAUUUCCUUGUAGUGAGGCAAGAGUAUGAUGAGAAACUUAUACAUACUGUCAAUAUCAAAUUGUACUGUCUUAUUUUGAAGUGUUGAAAUAAUUUCUAA